GCGACGGCGCAGCACGGUGCGGCGCAGCUCCGGCUCCCCUUCCCCCCUUGCUGGGCGAGAGGUGUCUAUGGGGCGUCCGCUGCCGCCGCCGCUCCCGCCACCGCCGCUGGGUGCUGUCUCUAUGGCGAGGAGGAGGAGGAGAAGCGCGAGCUCAGCGACACAAGUACACAAAUAAAGGAUAAAGUAUUUUAUGAAACAGAAUCUUCAAUCAAGUAUAACAUUUUGAUGCUUGGCAGCUAGACUCCUUGUGCCCUCACUAUGCCAGCAGCAACGGUAGAUCAUAGCCAAAGAAUCUGUGAAGUUUGGGCUUGCAACCUGGAUGAAGAGAUGAAGAAAAUUCGUCAGGUUAUUCGAAAAUAUAAUUACGUUGCUAUGGACACCGAGUUUCCAGGUGUGGUUGCAAGACCUAUUGGAGAAUUCAGGAGCAAUGCUGACUAUCAGUAUCAACUAUUGCGGUGUAAUGUAGACUUGUUAAAGAUAAUUCAGCUAGGACUGACAUUUAUGAAUGAGCAAGGAGAAUACCCUCCAGGAACUUCAACUUGGCAGUUUAAUUUUAAAUUUAAUUUGACGGAAGACAUGUAUGCCCAAGACUCUAUAGAGCUACUGACAACAUCUGGUAUCCAGUUUAAAAAGCAUGAAGAGGAAGGAAUUGAGACCCAGUACUUUGCAGAACUUCUAAUGACUUCGGGAGUGGUCCUCUGUGAAGGGGUCAAAUGGUUAUCAUUUCAUAGUGGUUAUGACUUUGGCUACUUAAUCAAAAUCCUGACCAAUUCUAACUUGCCUGAAGAAGAACUUGACUUCUUUGAGAUCCUUCGAUUGUUUUUUCCUGUCAUUUAUGAUGUGAAGUACCUCAUGAAGAGCUGCAAAAAUCUCAAAGGUGGUUUACAGGAAGUUGCCGAACAGUUAGAGCUGGAACGAAUAGGACCGCAGCAUCAGGCAGGAUCUGAUUCAUUGCUCACAGGAAUGGCCUUUUUCAAAAUGAGAGAAAUGUUCUUUGAAGAUCAUAUUGAUGAUGCCAAAUAUUGUGGUCAUUUGUAUGGCCUUGGUUCUGGUUCAUCCUAUGUACAGAAUGGCACAGGGAAUGCAUAUGAAGAGGAAGCCAACAAGCAGUCAUGACAUGAAAUAUAGUCCUUUUAUUUUUAUUUUAUUUGAGCGACACACAUGCUUGUAUAUAGGUUUUAUCUCUGGUUGAAUCUCUCGAACAACAGACAGUACUUUUUUUCCUUUCGUAUCCCGUUUUAGUUUUUGUCUUUCAGUACUAAGUGUGACCAUCCUAUUUCAGAGCCUAACUAGAAAAGCAUUCAGGUUAAAUUUGGCCUUAAUAUACGUGUUCGCAGGCGUGUGUGACAGUGGGAAAGCUGCAUCAUAUAAACUUGACCGACUUGAGCUUGGCUUGUGUUCCCCCUUUUCUAAAUUAACUAGCACUGACUGUAAUUUAUUUCCCUGUUUCAUGUCUCCCUUCCAUUCUGAAGAGUUUUAGCUAUUUGAGAUUGUGGACCAUCAAUUUUGCACUUUAGAGAGUGAUUCUGACUCAGAUCCUCUGUUUUAGCAGAAAAUUUUCUUGCUCUUAGCUGGAAAAAUGGCCAUCUGCCAACUUAUAAAGUAUUUACUUGUUUUUGACCCGUGAAAUAUAGCACAUGCAUUGUGCAAAUGGUUGAUUCUACAAGACUGCAAAAAAAAGACAAAAACUACUGAGGAGCUUAACAACUGCUGUUUCUGUACGUAUUGUUUAAUCUUCCAAGCACCUCUGGUGCCUGUCAGUUUCUCAUUGGCACGUGCGGCUGCCCAGGGACUGGAGAGCUUUUCACACCUGCUUUCCACCUUCAGGAAAAUCCCUCGUUUGUGAUCGGGUGUUUAUUGUCUGCCGGGAAACUGGUCUCCCAAGAUGUCGAAGCUGCAGUUUUAUGAUAGCACACUUCCCUUAUCUGCUUCUUCUUCUUCCAUCAGUGUUCACCCUUAUUUUAAAUUUUUUAAAAUUUUAUAGCCAUACUUACGAGCUCUUGUUGUUGAUUCCACAAAUCAAUUUCAUUAAAGUCCAAAGAUAGCAAAUCUUUAGGUAUAUUUUGUACCAAAUUAAAUUAGGAGACAAAAAAAUCGUGCUUGCAUAGUUGUGACAAAGAUAAAGAAUGGAGAGAUUUGGUGCACAACAAUAAAAUACAAAAAUAUAUGUGUUAGCUUUGUGUAUGUUUAUAUAAUAUACACACGGCUAAUAUAUAGCUAUUAAAAUUACCUGAGGAGUGUAAUGUUUGUUUAUUUUUUGUGUAUAUCUUUGCAAUCUAUUUUAUAUAUAUCGACAAAAGAGACUGUGAAAUAUUUAGCCAUACAGAAUAUGUGACUAGACCAGAGCAUGUGUAGGAAGACAUUUUGGAAAUCAUUAAUUCUACCCAGAAAUUAUGGACUACAAGUUAUGAUGUAUGUUACCUGCACUUCAAUCAGUAAUAUUAGCAAAUCUCCAAAUGUUAGCCAGAUUGGUUUGUUCUUGUACAUUCGUUAUUCAUGAUGUUACAGUGCUGUAACUGGGUGGUCCUUUUUAAACAAAACAUCAUUUGCAAAACAGAGGCUAUUAUUUGUUUUUAAAGCUUUUGUAAAUAAAGGCUUCAGAAAUGUUUUCAUAUA